AUGUAAUUCAAGAUCUAUAAUAUUCUAAUUAAUGAUACCUCCUAUAAAACAAUCCAACUUAUUAAUCAAUUCUACUAGAGAUUUGUGGUAAAGGAAGAAGUUAAGUAAGCUUUGUAAAAAGGACAACCAGUAGUCGCUCUUGAGUCAACAAUUAUCACUCAUGGAAUGGAAUACCCAAUGAACAGAGAUACUGCCCUUGCUCUUGAAGCUAUAGUCAGAGAAAAUGGAGCUAUCCCUGCCACUAUUGCUAUCAUUAAAGGAGUUGUUAAGAUUGGUUUAGAAGCUGAAGAUAUUGAACUUUUAAGUUCAGAGGGAAGACAUUCUUCUCGUAAGUGCUCAAGAAGAGAUCUUGGGUAUGUGCUUGCCACCAAAGGCAAUGGAUCAACAACAGUUGCUGCUACUAUGUAUCUCGCAAACCUUGCUGGAAUCAAGAUAUUUGUUACUGGAGGAAUCGGAGGUGUUCAUAGAGGAGCAGAGACUACAUUUGAUAUCUCUGCUGAUCUGACUGAAUUGUCAAGAACCCCAGUUUCAGUAAUAUGUGCUGGAGUUAAAUCAAUUUUGGAUAUUCCCAAGACUUUGGAGUUCCUUGAAACAAUGGGAGUACCUGUGGUAAGCUAUAAAACUGACUGGUUCCCAGACUUCUUCACAAGCAACAGUGGUAUCAAAACAGUGUUCAGAGCUGAUACUCCAGAGGAAUGCGCUGGUAUCAUAUAAGGAAAUGAUAUUUUGAAACUAAGAAACGGAAUUAUCUUUGCUGUUCCUGUCCCAUCAGAUAAGGAAGCUAAUCAAGAAAAUAUCCAAUAAGCAAUAACUUAGUCUUUGAAAGAAGCAGAUGAAAAGGGAGUCAAGGGUGCUGAAAUCACUCCUUUCUUGCUUAAAAGAGUCAAUGAAUUGACUGGAGGAGAAUCAGCUGCUUCAAGAGGUGCUGCUUUAGAUAUUCUAAGUCAAAGUGAAAGCUACUAAACAGAUUCAGGUCAAUCUCACGUGGGUAAGAUAAAGAUUCAAGAUGGGGGCUCAGCAAGAAAUGUAGCUGAAUGUGUUGCCAGACUAGGUCUAUACUAAGAUGUGACAUUUAUCUCUGCUGUUGGUGAUGAUGACAAAGCGGACAUACUUAAAAAAGGACUUCAUAGAGUGAAGAUAGAUAUAAAUGGUCUCUUCGUAAAAAAAGGGGAAAGAACAGCAUGUUUCAGUGGUCUAAUAAAUGGUCAAGGAGAUUUCUUAGCUGGUAUCGCAGAUAUGGAUAUUUUAUUCCACAUUCCUGAAGAACAUUUGAAUUUUCAUAUGAUUGAGAAAUCUAAGAUAUUAGUAGUUGAUUCCAACAUUUCUGAGGUGACAUUAUCUUACAUUCUCUCAAAUAGCAGCAAUGUAAAGUAUGUGAUUUAUGAGCCAAUCAGCAAGGAAAAGAGUACUCGUAUUCUUCAUAAAGAUUUACUCUCAAAGAUCUAAAUUCUCAAGCCAAACAUUCUCUAACUUAGAGAUAUCUAUUUGACAGUGAAUAGCAACAAGCUAGAUUUAUUGGAUUUUGACAUCAACACUAAGGACCUGCCUACCCUACUUGAAAGUGUGAAGUUUAUGGCUCUAUCUAUAUUAAAUCACGGUAAGCUCAUUUCAGCUGAUGGAAAUUCUAAGCUUACUUAUAUCAUUACAACCCUCGGUGCUAAAGGUGUGGCGUUGUCUAGUGUUGAUGGAUAAUUCUAACAUUUUGGCCCAUUAGAAUGCCCCUUGAAUGAAAUAAAAAGCGCUGUAGGUUCUGGUGAUAGCUUCCUAGGAGGUCUUAUCUAUGGACUGUACAAUGAUUAAACACUAGAGAAGGCAAUUAACUACGGCCAAAGAUGUGCUGUAUUGUCUCUUAGAUCCGAAAGCAAUAUCUCCCUUGAUAUCAAUCCUAAUAUUCUUCUUUGA